UUCCACUGCAGUUGGUCACAUGUGUUACGUCCUCCAAUGCAAACCCGGCUAGCCUAUUUUCCAACCAAUCAGCGAUGGGAGAGAUAGCAGCGUAACCUGAUUGGUUAAACCGAUAUGCGGAAGUUAGAACAUAAACACGUGUGCUCUGGUCGUUGGUUGCAAAGCGUAAAUAACGAUGUGUUUAUGUAGAUUUGAAACACAUUUCAGAAGUGGCUGAAGCGUUUUGUUAGUUAAGUGUGUUGCGGCGUUGAUAUUAACCAGGAAAAGUCACUUUUUCUUUAUGUUUAGUCACCAAACGACUCGAGGAGUGCUCUUGUUCGCUUGUUCUGCUAACUGAAAGGCUAACUGUACUGUACUCACCAUCGUUCAUUUUCCACCUUUCACAAUGACAUAAAUAAUUAAAUAAAACAAAUAUGAAUCAUCAACAAAUGGAGACAGCAGCCCUGGUGGCCCCAGUCACAGCUCUGGAGUUCCUUCAGGAUGCAUUUCUCCUGACAGGUGAGGGUCCACUCUUGACAGUGUACAGUCUCCGGCCUCGUCCAAAAGCCUCAGCUUCACUGAGUGUGCUCCAACACUACAGAAUCCACGGGGCGAGACCCAGAGGUCGGGCCGCCGUCCCAGGACAGAGCUCUGCCACAGGAACCUACGAGGAGAAGAAACAUGGACUGAGCUCUACCACAGAGCCCAACUUCCAUGACCUUGCAGUGUUCGGGGGCAAGGCUGUGAGGCUGGUGAGGCUCCAUGUGGAUCUCCAGGGUGGGGACCAUCUGCACUUGGAGAUCUUGGGUCCCCUCAUGGAGUUACAGGACUGGGCCCUGGAUGUUCGCUGGCUUUCUGGACACAAAGACUCACUUCUCUGUGUGGCUUUAGCUCACAAUAGUGCUCUUCUCCUGGAUGUCAGUACAGGAACUGCCCUUGUUCUGCGCUCCUGUUUGGAGGGAUGUCUGCUGUACUCCGCCCUCCUUCUAGUGGACAAAUCUUGGGCGGAUGCCGUCCUAGUAGGAGGGACUGUUUUCAACCAGCUGGUUCUCUGGAAGCCUGGUGAUGGAGAGGCAGAGGGUUAUUCCAAAUGCAAAGCUCCAGUGGAGAGACGUCUCCUGGGGCACAGUGGGGUCAUCUUCAACAUCUCAUACCUGCAGGAGAGGGGAUGGCUGGCCUCAGCCUCUGAUGAUCGCAGUGUAAGGGUGUGGGGUGUGGGUGUUUUAGGGGGCCCUGGGGGUAAAAUUGGGGACUUGAAUCCAACUUGUUUAAGGGUCCUGUAUGGACACCAGGCUAGGGUGUUCUCGGUGCGUCUCUCCCCUGGGAAAGUGUUCAGUGCGGGAGAGGAUGGGGCCUGUUUAGCCUGGGACUGGGCUGGAGGUGGGAAGGUGGUUCGGACGUUGAAGGGCCACCGUGCAGGGGGUGUGCGUGCACUGGCAGUCAGCGAGGCGACUGGAGAUGAGGAGAGAUGGGUGGCAACAGGGGGGGCAGAUGGAGGGGUGAGGUUGUGGAGGUUGAAGGAAACUGAGGAGAGUAAGGAGGAAACAGAGGAAGCAGUGACAGAAAACCUAACUGACCUGAAAUUCCCUGACCACGUCAUGCCUAAAGGGGUUUGUGUAGCAGGAGAAGAAUAUGAAAAUGCAAGUUGGAGCCAGAGUAAGUUUGUGGUUUGCACUGACCAAGGAAGCGUCUUUCAACAUCGCAAUGGGCAGUGGGACAUUUUAUGGCAAGGGACUCCUGAUUUUCAAUCCUACUGUGUGAUGGAAACAGUGUCCAUCAAUGUGAAAGACUCCACAGCCAAAGUAAAUGUGUGUGCUGUUGGAAACCUCAGCGGCUCCAUCCAGGUUUUCCCCAUUUCUCAUCCUCAAUCUGGGAUUCUUCUCACAGGAGGUUCAGGGAAGAUCCACAGUCUUAUUUGGCAAGAGGGAGAAGCAUGCAUGUGUUUGCUAGCAUCAGGUGCCGAAGGACUUGUCUAUCGCUGGUGUAUAGAUGUACGAUUAAAUGAAAACUGUUCCUUGUCUAUAAAUGCAAAUCCUCUUCCUCCUUUCCUUCUUCCCCCUUGUGCCAAACGCUGGCUGUUGGCUGCAGUGUGUCUCCACUCCAGGUCACAGGAGGCGCUGUGGGUGUGCGGGGACAGGAGAGGGUCCCUGCUUUUGUUUCAAGAGGAAGGGAAAGUCGUGCAAAAGGCAGACGAUGAUGCGCAGGCAGAUGAAGGUUUGGUGACAGGUAUGGAACAAAGUCAAGAUGCGGAAAAUGGAAGAGAUGGAGCUGGAGACUGCAGUAUCAUGGAGCAGAGAGAGAAAAAUGAAAUACCUGAACUACAGCUGCAACCUUUAAGCUGCCUGUUCGGCGUACAUGGAAAACAGGGUGUGACAUCAGUGUGCGAAUACCAAGGACUCCUCUACAGCACUGGCAGGGAUGGCUGUGUGAGAGUUUUUAGAGUCCAACUAACACCACCCGAAAAACCUGAGGAAAUCAGAAAAAAUAGUGCUGGAAAGACUUUAGAGGACAGAGAGCAGCUUCAGCUGGAUGUUCUGAGAGUUCAGCGGGCCUGUAAGGGUAUGGAGUGGCUGGAGAGAGUUUUGUUUCUUCCACCUGAAAUUCCGGAGGAAGAGGGGGUCGGAGAGGAAUGUGAGAACCACUCCAAGACAAAGCAGAGCUUUAGAGGAGAAGAUUUACAGGCAGACAACAAGGCAAGAGAAGCCAGGUUUGUCAUUGCUGGCUUCCACGCCAUCCACUUUGUGGUCUGGGACCCAGUGAGACAGGAGAGGCUGUUUGCGGUGCCUUGUGGCGGGGGCCAUCGCUCGUGGAUUCUCUGGCCUUCCCACAAAAGGGUUUGGCCUGGAUAUGGAGCAUUGGUCUUCAUCAAACACGGGGCCGUCAUGGCUUCGCGACCGCCUGGGGAGGAACCAACCUGGGCUGGGAGAACAGAACGGACUGGAGGAUGGGGCCUGAGGGAGGGCAUCCACGGGAGGGGGAUUGGGUGUGUAUGCAGGCUGGGGAGAAUUGACAGAACUGGAAAUGACGCUGCAACAACUGGAGAUGUGACUGCAACUGAGAGAGAGCGAGGGCAUUGGGAGGUGGUGGUGACGGGAGGAGAAGACACCAGCUUAAGUGUCCUGGCCGUACAUCCGAACUCUGGCCACGUCAAAGUUCUCUCAGUUAUUACAGACCACAUCUCCAGCAUACGGACAGUGGCGGCAGUGAAGCAUCCAGCGGGACAGAGCAAACCGCAGUCUCUCUCUGUCUUGCUAUUCUCAGCGGGCGGCCGGGCUCAGAUGUGCUGUUACCGGCUGUUGAUCGGCUGGGACGGGCAGAGAUUGGUUCCCUGCUGCCAGGUGAUCCAGGUGGCCAGUCACCGAUUGGACGAACGGUGGGAGAAGAGGCGCAAUCGCCACAAGACGGUGAAAAUGGACCCAGAAACGAGGUACAUGUCUGUAGAAGUUGUGGACGAGAGGAUGGACUGUGUUCUUCUGGCGCUGGCCUGCAGUGAUGGAGCUGUCAGAUUCUUCUCCGUCAGUGAAGCUAAACAUCGCAUUGAUUUGUUGUGGGAGGCGUUCUACCACCAGCGCUGUGUGCUCAGUGUCGCCACCUGCAGCCUGGAGGAUGAAAAAGGCAACAGGUAUAAGCUGCUGUUCAGUGCAGCAACAGAUGGAAAAAUUGCAGUUUGGGAUUUAACUGAAGCUUCUUCCUCAACCGAUACUUCAAUCAAUGCUGCAGCUCCACCUUUCCCCUGCCUUGACAUUCCUGCCCACCAGAGUGGCAUCAACUCAGUCGCUGUUUGGGCAGAGAAACUGGCACUAAAACAGGAUUGUUGGCUGGUAACUAUUGCAAGUGGAGGGGAUGAUGGGCAGCUGACAGUGUCCACGAUCAGGGUGCAGUACCCUGGAGACGGGAAGACUAGGGGAAGCAGAGAGUUUUCUCAGAUUUCUGAGGCACAAAUUUCUUCACCAACCCAGUUCCCACCCUCAAACAAGCUUCAGAUCCAUCUCCACGCCCACUCCCACAUCCCACUGGCCCAUGCUGCUCCUGUGACGGCCAUAAAGCUCCUGACCCCAGGCAUCAUGUUCUCUACCUCUUCAGAUCAGAGGGUUUGCCUGUGGAGGGUCUGCAGUACUGGUAUCAGCCACAGAAGGACGCUGUGCUCCCAUGUUGCAGACGCUGCAGGACUUGCAGUGUGGGAGGGGCAGAUGAUAGACAAGGAUGAAGGAGAUGAAAAGAGGAACACAACUUUUGAGUCUGAGGAGGAGAUUGCAGUUUGGAGAGGAGAAGGGAUUCGGACAGGAUUAGAAACAGAGGGUGAGGAAGGUGGGAGGUUCAAUAAGGAAACAGACGAUGAGGCCAAAGGUGGAGAACCCGUUAAAGCAGCGAGCGAGACCAGUGAUGAGAGAGAAUGGGAGAAAAGAAAUCAAACAGAGUCUGACAGUGUGGCUAAGAGAGAGAGUGAGGCAAACACUGAGUCAGGUUCUAGAGAUUGCUGCGAGAGUAGGAAAAAGGGAGAGAAGACGGGAUGGGUGCUGGUCUGUGGCCAGGGCCUCCAGCUAUUCCGGGUCAGAAAUACAAAGAUGUUGACAGAGGAAAGAGUCAAAAGAGAGAAGAGACAAGUGAAUCACAGAGUUGUGACUUUACAAGAAAAGACAAUAUAAGUGGAAUCCGAUAACCGCAGUGGUCUAAACAAUAACUUUUUGCAUGAACUUUAAAAAAACAUUAUUUAUAAAUAAUCUGUAAAAUGAUAAGAUUAUAGCUGCAUAAUUGACAAGAACAGAAGGAAAUAAUACUAAAUAAAGUUUUAUUAGGUAUA